UUCAACCAGAGUGGACCAGAGACUUGCCCAACCUCAGAUCACUUCACUUGACAAAGAUGUCACGAUUAAGAAGCCUUGAUACUGACUUCUUCAAGUCCAUGCCUGAUCUCCGAGAGCUGAACUGUCAAGGUUCCCGCUCACUGGGUUUCGUGAGGACAGAGAUGUUUGACAGUGCUCCUCAUCUGAGUCAUCUCUCAUUUGAGAACUGUAACCUGAGUUCCUUUAAUCCUUGGAAUAUCAAUUCAUCGGAUAGCAUCAUCAUCGAUUUGUACGGAAAUCCUCUGUUAUGCGACUGCCAGCUCUCCUGGCUGCUCUCCAAGCCCAAGAAAGUUGUGCUGCAAAAGGCUUUAGAGACUUUUUGCAACACAUCCCAGGAAGAUCAGGACAGACCUUCGACAUCGUUUUCACUGCUAGAGGUCUACAAUAAAUGCCAGUCUGGGAGAAACGCUACGCUGCCUGAUUCAAACACACCUUCUCACAAACACAAAGCUUUCAGCCUUACCAGUUACGAUGCUACUACUGCAAUAACAACAGGCUCUGCUCCAUUAACCACUUAUACCAGCUCCCUAAUUCAGAGGAACAGAAUGAGCACGACAGCAGCCAACCCAACUGAGCCCAUGCUCACACAAGCCAACAGUUCUUCCCAUGAGGAGGAGGCCAUUUCCGAAUCCACGAGCCAUCCCCCUUCCUUUGCCUUUGUAACCACCUCCCCAGGUUUUGUCACAGAGCUCUAUAGUCACUCCUUGGAUUAUGGCUUCACCAGUCAAACUGAAACAGAUCAGCUAAAGAGAGAGUUCAGAAUGACUGGUGCGACGUUUCCCCAGGAAGGCCCAUUCAGCCAGCCCACUAGUGAUUACUCCACUAGGGCAACAGGAAACCCUAAUGCCACUGACCAUUAUACCCACUCUUUUGCCACUCAUGCUGGGGAAGCUACACCACCAACGAGCCUAUCACCACUGAACUCCACAAGAACCAAGGCUCACUCUGAGCCUGCACUCACCAGAUCUCUGAUACACUUUGUAGAUGACUACGAUUACGAUGAACAUUCAACGGAAACCCCAGUGCAACUGGCAUAUACCUCCUGUGACUACAACCCUUGCAGACACCUUCAGAGGCCGUGCAGUGAACUUCAGAGUGUAUCCCAAUGUUUAUGUCCUGGCCUGUCGACAGAAGAUGAGGUUCCAGAUCCACCAAGGCUCAGAGAGGUGUCUGAAGUUACAGACAGCUCUGCACAGAUACGCUGGUGUGCCCCAAAUUCAGUUGUUCACACCUAUGAGCUGACACUUCAUGUGCAAGGCAACGAGGACAGACAGUUUGUCCUGGACAAUAUUUAUUCUACAGCAAGGCAGCACACUCUGUAUAACCUGUUGCCAUAUACCACUUACCACAUUUGUGUGACUGCUUCAAACAAAGCAGGGUCAAGUCAGAUAGCAAGUCAGGGAAUUCCAGUUAACUCGUGCACCAGAUUUAAAACAAAACCCAGCUACAAGUCCAUCUUUGCUGCUCUGACUGCAGCAAGUGGACUCUUUCUCAUUUCCACAAUAAUUUUGUCUGUAUGUCUAUGUAAGGCAUGUAAAAAGCCUCAGAGUGAGCAGUAUGGUACACACUUAGUCUCUUACAAGAACCCAGCAUUUGAUUAUCCAUUAAAACUACAAACAACAAAUUAG